AUGUCCGACUUUACCGAUCAUUUGCGGCCCAGUCAUGACGGACCGGCGAUCCUCGCAAAAGAACGAGCCCAGUCCAACAUUCCGGUGGAUGAAUUGGCGCACCACUUAUUAUCCAAGGAUGGACAUCUCCAGCGUCAGGCCCGUAUCCUGUCCAUCUUGGAAAAGGAGCCCCUCUUUGACAAAAAAUGCCAAGCCAAUUUAUCGCGAGAGGAUCUGUUCAAGGUGGCUCUGGCCCGAGCCAAGCUGUUGAGACGGCUAGUCGACCGACAUGGCUGGAGCCUUGAGGACUACAAGAUGGCGGAGGCUUUGGUCGACGAUGUCUCACCGUAUUUCCUACACAUGCACAUGUUCGUGACAACUGUUCGGGAACAAGCGAGCGAUACGCAACGCGACUACUGGAUGCCGUUGAUCGAAUCAUUCAAGAUCAUCGGUGCAUAUGCGCAGACUGAACUGGGCCAUGGGAGCAAUGUUCAAGGGUUGGAGCUACAAGCUCGUUGGGAUCCAGGAACCAGCGAGUUCAUUCUUCAUAGUCCCACAUUGACCGCCAGCAAAUGGUGGAAUGGGAGCCUUGGGCGUACUGCCAACCAUGCGAUUGUGGUGGCCCAGUUACUCCUACCGAAGCCAGGGAGUGAAGAAUAUGAAUCAGUCGGGCCUCAUCCAUUUAUUGUGCAAGUUCGAGAUUUGAAACAUCACCAGCCCCUGAGCGGGGUCGUGAUUGGAGAUAUCGGCCCCAAGUUUGGGUACAGCACCAUUGACAACGCGUAUAUGCUCUUUAAUCAUUUCCGAAUUCCCCAUUCGGCGCUCCUCGCCCGAUAUUCCAAAAUUGACCCAUCGACGGGAGAGUACUUAAAGCCCAAGAUUCCAGCGGUGGUAUACGGGACCAUGACUUACGUGCGAUCUCUCAUUGUUCUUCAGUCAAGACUAGCCCUUGCUCGUGCGGUCACCAUCGCUGUCCGCUACACGAGCAUUCGACGACAGUUCCAGGACCGUGACAACAGGCAUGGCCUAGAAGUGACGGUUCUCGACUAUCCAACGGUGCAAAUCCGCAUUCUUCCGUUGCUAGCAACCACAUAUGUGCUUCACUAUGCCGGCCUUGCGAUGCAGCGUACAUACCAGAACGCGCGCAAUGAGAUUGAACGGGGUGAUUUCAGCGGAUUGGCGCAUAUGCACAGCUUGUCCUCGGGACUGAAGAGUCUGUGCACAGGGAUUGUUGCGGAUGGGAUUGAGACCUGUCGCCGUGCGUUGGGGGGCCAUGGCUACGGCGGUGCCAGUGGCUUCACUCGACUAUCUCCGGACUAUCUCUCGCGGGUGACUGUUGAAGGAGACAAUUGGAUGAUCACGCAACAAGUUGCAUCUUACCUUAUUAAGCGGAUGCAGACGGCUGCAAACAAGCUAGACGAGCCGACAGAUGAUGGCCUUGAUGCCACCUAUAAAGAGGUUCUUAAAGCUCACAGAGAUGGACUGAAAAUGGAGCCUUACAAGGUGUUUGACCAUGACUCCGCCAUUGUGAAGGCUUUCAACCGUCGAGCAGCGGCGCUGCUGCAUGAGGUCUAUGUGGCGAGAGUGUUGAACAAAACUCCAUGGACGAGUCUUAUGGUCCAAUUGCACCGAGUCAGCCACGCCCAGUCACUUGCAUUGCUAGUGGAGAUCUUUUACGAUACACUCAACAGUGAUCAGUCCCUAGCUCCACCCAUCAAGGUCGCCAUGUGGAACCUGUAUCGGCUCUUUGCGUUUUAUCACAUGCAGCAAGAGAGCUAUGACUUCUACCGUUCCGGUGCAGUCUCCCAAAACGAUCUCGACGGGUUCUCAACCCACGUACAACAUCUGAUGGAGAAAAUCCGACCCCACGCGGUUACAUUCGUCGAUGCGUGGAUGAUUCCAGAUUAUCUGUUGGACAGUGCGCUCGGUCGAUACGACGGGAAGGUUUAUGAAGACCUCUACUACCGGGCACAUCGUUUGAACCCACUCAAUCGGAUUACCGUCAAUCCCAACUACUGGGAAGAUGAAAUUGUCAAAGGGGAAGGAAAUAGCUGGGCGUCACUUUUGGCCAAGUUGUGA